AGCAGCAGCAGCUGAAGAUUGUGUGGUUUGACAAGAGCUCACCUGCCAACUGUCAAGGGACCCGGCUACAGGAGGCCAACACGGCGAAUGAACGAUGGAGUGUAUUCCAGUGCCUAUUGAUGAUCUUGACAGCAAAAAAGACCCAGUCAUAGAGGACCCAGAGCACAAUGUGUACACCAGGUUUAUGAAGUCCCACCGGUGUUAUGACCUCGUACCUACCAGCUCCAAACUGGUUGUGUUCGACACAUCACUGCAGGUCAAGAAGGCAUUUUUUGCUCUAGUCUCCAAUGGGGUAAGAGCAGCGCCUCUGUGGGACAGCAAACAGCAGUGUUUUGUUGGUAUGCUGACCAUCACAGACUUUAUUAAUAUUCUACAUCGCUACUACAAAUCUCCAUUGGUUCAGAUAUACGAAUUGGAAGAACACAAAAUUGAAACAUGGAGAGAGUUGUACCUUCAAGACUCCUUUAAGCUCUUGGUUAGCAUAUCUCCCAAUGCUAGUUUGUACGAUGCAGUAUCUUCUCUGCUGAAGAAUAAGAUCCACAGACUGCCUGUAAUCGACCCCCUGACCGGGAACACGCUCUAUAUCCUCACACACAAGAGGAUUCUCAAGUUCCUGAAGCUUUUUAUAUCAGAGAUGCCAAAACCCUCGUUCUUGAAACAAACCAUCGAGGACUUGAGCAUCGGAACUUUCCAGAACAUCGCAGUGGUCCGCACCGAUACACCGCUGUACACGGCGCUGGGUAUGUUUGUUGAGCAGCGCGUGUCGGCGCUCCCCGUUGUUGAUGACAAAGGUCGAGUGGUGGAUAUAUACUCAAAAUUUGAUGUCAUAAACCUGGCAGCAGAGAAGACGUACAACAACCUGGAUCUGACGGUGACCAAAGCGCUGCAGCACCGCUCGCAGUACUUUGAAGGAGUGCUGACCUGCCACAGGCACGAGACUCUGGAGGCCAUCAUCAACAGGCUGGUGGACGCCGAGGUGCACAGGCUGGUGGUGGUGGACGAGCAGGAAGUGGUGAAGGGAAUAGUCUCCCUUUCAGAUAUUCUACAAGCACUCGUGUUGACUGAUGGAGAAGAGGGCACAGCUUGAGGAAGGAAGGCUACACAGUUUAAAGGGGAGGGCAGAGCAAAGGGAGAAGGAACAGGCAUGUAAGAGGGUCACCUCGACUACAUUGACGUAUCCUCCCCCAUCUCCUGUCAUCAGACUUCCUAGAUUCACACCAAGACGUUUCCCUCCCUGCACAAAUGUGAAGCUUUAGCAACGCAGCAAUAUAACAUUGUAGUAGCACAGAAGCUCUGGUUAAGUGAGCCGAGUUUCAAGCUACCAAGAAGCUUCUGAAGAGGAGCUGCAGCCUCUCGGGAUGACCAGGCAUCAUUCCCACUUCUGUGCUUGACUUGCAUACAGUAGAGCACGACCAUUGAUUAUGGCUUGAUCACAAUUGUUUGCCAAUGGUGUAAAUUGUAAUCAGUUAAAGGAACACUAAUUUACGUAUAUUGCCUUUUGUUGGCAGUAUUUCAUUUUGAUAACGAGACUGAAAUCUAGAUACACACAAAGCCUAUAAGUAAUGUUAUACACUGCGUAACUUUCUGAUCGGUAAUUAGUGCGACUUGUUCUGACAUUUGCUUGAGACUCAAUCUUUGUACAUAUAAAUAGUAUGACGUGUUCUGGCUUAACUUGUUAUCCAGCUAGUUUGAUUAUAUUAAUGGAGGGGGAUUGGUUUCUUCAUUUCUUGGCUACCAACUUGCAAAGAAGAUAUGGAUGGUCAUUUGAUUAUAGAAGUGCCUGAUCAUGGUCUCGCUACAUUUCUAAUAAGACAGUAUUUUUUGCAGAUUUCAGCAUCGGGACCUAUUGCUUUAAAAAGAAAAGCUGAAUCAAAAUUAACCCACAAAAAAAAAGGAUUUUGUGUACCUUUUUUUUUUUUUUUUUUAACGAUCAAAUCAACUUACUAGUUCGCAGUGUGCAAAGCCUUCAAGGGCUUUAAUCUGACAGCAAAGUCUCAAGCCUGUCAGCCCUAUAGGCUCCUGUGAAGUGCAGCAUCAAUCUGACCUAAUUGUGCUGUAUCCUUUCUAAAUGCACAAGCUCUGGAUAUUUAUAUGGGUUUUAUGUUUUUCCAUUUUGUCUGUUAAGUGUAACAUGUUAAAUGUAUCGUACAUUAACUUUUUUUUUCUGGUUUUGUUGCUCUUUAGUUUUGGCAUCGAUGGGUCUUUCUUAUGGCUUCAAUGGUGCAAAGUCUCAUCCUAUUCAAUACCCAAUUUAACAAUUUGUGGCAUUGCUUGUUUUCCAAGUUCUACCUUUUUGGUAUGUUGUCGGUUACAGUAAGUGAUGAACAUCAAGUGCAUUUAUCCAAGUUCUUUUCAUCGUGUUUAGGGGACUCAAAUCACUUAAUACCAGCAUUUCCUCAUGAUUUUCUGAAAUGAGAUGGGCCAUGGACACAGUAUAUUUAAUAUGGAAGGUGUACAUCUGUUUAAAUGGAGUUUUUGAAAGGAUGAGCAAUAAAGUUUGAGUUUCUUUUGA